AUGGCUGCUAUUGUUCGCAUCGAUCGUCCCGACCGUUCUAUCUCCAAAGAGAUUAUCAGAACUUUCUUCAGUCGUUUUGGCACCAUUCAUAAGAUUACUUUACCUAAAAGAGGUGAAACUCAUGCUUUAGUCGAAUUUGCAACCACCCAACAAGCCCGUUUAGCUAUCAAAGAACUCAACAGUACAACACUUCAAGACAUUCAUGGCCGCAAAAAGCAACUCAAAACCGCCAACUCCCAAUUCAUCUGGAAUCUUUCCCUCAUCCCUAAUAUCCUCUGGGAAGAAAACCCACAAGAAGCCCAACUCCCCCGCCUCGAAAAGAAGAUAGUCGAGCAAAAGAAGCGCAAUCUCACCUACAUAGAAUCCCUCGGCCCCCAAAUCACCAUCAACCACCAAGUCAAACAAAGACCCAUCAUCAAGUUAAGUACUCCCAAAUCCACUCCCCACCCCAAUUAA